CUUUAUUUAUUUUUCCUUUUAUUUUUUUCCCAAAUAUUUUCUGAUUUUAACGAGCCCUUCCUUUUAAGCAGUCGAUGAAGUAGGGAAAUGGAAACCGUGCACAAAAAGGGGCCUGCUAGGGGUACUGCGGGUAACCGAGGUUCAUCGGAGGGUGCGAUUGAUUGUUGAGCAUUGGUCAGAUCCGCUGACGACGACGCUUAUUAGAACCGAAAAGUAGGGGGGCAAUGGAUUUGGGGGAGCUCUGGGCGAUCUUCGGGCCUGGAGUUGCAGGUGCUGUCUUCGGCGCCGGCUGGUGGUUCUGGGUCGAUGCCGUCGUCUGCAGCUCUGUCAAGGUCUCCUUCGUUCACUAUCUCCCUGGCAUAUUUGCGUCAUUGGCUGCUCUGAUGUUCAACUGCGUUAGGAAAGAAGACAUUGACUACUCUCCUUACGAAGAAGGCGAGUGGAGGUUGAAGCUUUGGCUUUUCUUGGCUUAUGUUGUAUCCUUCGUCUCUCUAGCAGCUUCAGUUGGCUUAUUGAUAGAGGAUUCACUCGAGAAAUCAGAUCCGUCAGUGUGGACGGGGAUUGCGGGUGUCUUGCAAUGUGUGUUUGUGCUGGUCAGUGGGCUUAUUUACUGGACUUCUCAUUCAGAGUAGGUUGGCAAAUAUUUCCAUUUGAAGUUGGCAGAGAAGGGAGCUGUCCAUGCAUUGUAUCUUUACCUUAGUAUGAGUGGUAUAGAAAUUGGUUCAGGUUUGUUUGUGUAAUGUCCGUCCAUAUGUUAAUAAUCUCACAGCGAAAAUAGUCCUGUUGAUGUCAUUGUGGUUGAGGAUAUUGUAGUUACCUUGUGAAUUUUUAAUUCUAACAAUCUGUAGUUGGUUAUAUAAAAUCUUAGUAUAGCUAUAUUAAAUAUUA